AUGGCGCAGUGCGUGCGUCGGCUGGUGCUGGCGGCGCCCCUCGCCGCUGUGGUGGCGCUGCUGCUGUGCACGAGCAGUGCACCGGUGGCGCGUGCUGCGGGGACGAGCGACUUCACUGGUGCGCAGCAGAAGAACACGCUGACGGUGCUGCGGGCGUUUGCGCGUGCGAUCCCUGAGCUGGGGAAGAAGUGGACGGGCAGCGACUUCUGCUCGUGGAACUUCGUCACAUGCUACUCCUCCGGCGUCAGCGUGUGGAUGGACAAAGUGGAUUAUACCGGCACGCUGCCGGAGAUGCCUUCGGGCGUCGACUACAAGGACGUCAUGAUCAUGGCACUGAACUUCAGCGCAAUGGGCCAGGGGCUGAGCGGGACGCUGCCCGCCUCAUGGAGCUCGCUGACGUCCUUGAUGUCACUGUGGAUCGAAAAGUCUGAGAAGGUCACCGGCACGCUGCCUGCACAGUGGAGCUCGAUGACGUCGCUGGGCAAUCUUAACCUGCGCUUCACUAAGGUGUCCGGCACGCUGCCUGCCCAGUGGAGCUCGAUGAAGCAGCUGACCCUUCUGCAUCUGGAGGGCACUAAGGUCUUCGGCACGCUGCCUGCCCAGUGGAGCUCGAUGACGUCGCUGGGCAAUCUUAACCUGCGCUUCACUGCGGUCUCCGGCACGCUGCCUGCCCAGUGGAGUGGGAUGACGAGUGCGGAGGCCCUGCAGCUGGAGUACUGCGGUCUGUCCGGUUGUCUGCCCCCCGAGUGGUCUGCGAUGCCGAGGCUGGCUUUCCUCUCACUGAGCGGCAACCACUUUAGCGGGUGUGUGCCCGACUCGUGGAGGGCGAAGGACCGCCUCGUUGUGACCAUCGAGGAAUGGCACAUGGGCGAGGACUGCAAGCUUGCUAACGCCUGCCGCCCGACUCCUGCUCCGGUAACGACCACGACUAAACCGCCCACCACCACCACGACCAAGUCGCCGACAGCUCCCACCACCACGACAACCACCACGAGCAAGCCGCCCACUGCGCCCACCACCACCGGCACCCCAGCAGCCUCCUCUACUCCUUCUCCAGGGUCGGGGUGCGAGGUGGAUGGGUGUGAGGUGUGCGAGGGGGACUCCGCUGCGCGGUGCGCCAGGUGCCGUGAGGGCUACUCCCUGACGGACGAGAAGACGUGCCUGGCGCACCACGAUGGCGGCGUGGCGGCGGCGUCGGGCGGAGCGGUGGCUGCCGCUGCUGUGUGGGCGGCUGUGCUGUUGAGCGUGGGGCUGGCGGCGUGA